UGGGAGUUACUACUCAAAUUUCAUUCCCUCUUUGUAAACCAAAAUGAGCUCCGAGACCCCACGCGCUACGCCGUCGUAUUGGUGCUAUAGCUGCACCCGCUUUGUUCACCUCCUCGACCAAGACGACGUCCUCUGCCCCCACUGCCAAAGUGGCUUCGUCGAAGAGAUCCACGCUGGUCAAUCGCCCGCUCUCUCCCUCUUCGCUGAUGGCUUUCACACUUCCCGGAGACACGGCUUCCGCCGGAGACGCCGCAACGCCGGCACCCGCUCGCCGUUUAACCCCGUCAUCGUUCUCCGUGGACCGGGCGAGGACGAGGGGACCAGCUUCGAGUUAUUCUACGACGACGGCGACGGCACCGGUCUCCGACCGCUGCCGCCAACUAUGUCAGAGUUUUUGCUCGGAUCCGGCUUCGAUCGGUUGUUGGAGCAGUUUUCUCAGAUCGAGAUCAACGGGUUCGGGAGGGCGGAGAAUCCGCCGGCGUCGAAGUCUGCGAUAGAGUCAAUGCCGACGAUCGAGAUCGCGGAGGCGCAGGUGGAGACGGAGACGCACUGCGCCGUUUGCAAAGAAGCCUUCGAGCUAGGUUCGGAGGCGCGCAAGAUGCCUUGCAACCACCUUUACCAUUCCGAUUGCAUUCUCCCAUGGCUUUCGAUGCGAAAUUCGUGCCCUGUGUGCCGCCACGAGUUGCCGUCCGAUCAAAACCCGGUGGAAUCCAGAGUCGCUGGUCAGAUCGAGGAAGAAGCCGUAGGGCUGACCAUAUGGAGGUUACCGGGCGGCGGAUUCGCUGUCGGGCGGUUUGCCGGCGGGCGAAGAGCCAGCGAUAGUCAGUUGCCGGUUGUGUACACGGAGAUGGAUGGUGGUAGCAAUUCGAACGAAGGUUCGAGAAGAAUCUCGCUGGCAGUGGGGAGCGGCAGAGUUAGGGAGAGCGGUGGAUUUGGUAGAAUUUUCCGCAAUUUCUUUUCCUUCUUUGGGAGAAUUGGGUCCCUUAAUAGAACCCGAAGCCGAAGCUCUUCGUCUUCGUUGUUCAGUAGAAGAAGAAGCAGAACCUGGGUCUUGGAAGGUUGAUUUGGUUGGAGUUAUUUUUGGAAAGCAAGGUUUCAGUUUCAGUUGAGAAUUCUUACUGUAAAUAUGAUAGAACUGAAGUGGGUAUUAUAGUUAGAUGGAGGAAGUUUAGUUUACCCUACGUGUCCCAGUUUCUGCGAUUUGCAUCGCCAUAUCAAUACAUCACCAAAGGGAACUCCCGAGAAACUCUGUUCCUGCUUCUCAGAGCAUCCAUUUGGGGAAGAAGCCCUGCUUAUUUUUCUUUCUCGUGUUGUUAAUUACUUGAUUUGUUUAAUGUUUAUAUGUUUUAGUCACAUAUUCUUUGUAAGAAUUCUUUUUAAAUUUAUGUCUGAUGUUGUCCCAAUUUAGAGAAGAGAAGAUAUUGGGUGUGGGAUGCAAAUCGCGUGAACAAGAGCAGAAUCAUUGUUGUUAAUCAUUAUUGUUGUUGCAGUAGUCCUUGGGGUCUGAAUUAUUCCAAAUUCAGCAGAACAGAGAAGGAAUACAAAAUCUGUGUCCUUGUAAGAGGCAUUCAUUUUAUUCUUGGGAGGGGAGUUUUGGGUGGGGUGGAGAUGGUGUUUGAUGGGAUUAUGGUCAUUUUUGGCUUGAUGAUGAUGAUGACACCACGAAUUCCCAUGCGUUUCAAGAAUUCCUUUCUCGUUCACUUUUAUUGUUUCACUCCUUAAUCAUGGACCUAGUUGCCAAAAGAUAAAGGUUAUUUUUUUCCCCUCUUGCCUUAACUUUACUCAUUUGGCUCUGACAUGUAUGGCUAGCUAUGGUGUUAACUCCUUGGCACUUGCAUGCCCUUUUGAUCUGUUCAAUUGUAGUCAUAACCGCUUCCUCUACUGUGGACAUUGUUUGAACUUUUCCAAAAGGACUCGGUUAAACAUUUUUCACCGAUGGCUCUCCAUGGAUUGAGUCUGACAACUGUCUCGCACUUCAACUUGAGUAGUCAAUUCUGAAUUUUGGCACGCUUGGUUCAGCCCUACAGCCAGCCAACUAAAGUUGAACCUUUCUCUACCACUAUACUUUCCCGUAUUUUUUAAUCUUUUUUCUCAAACUGUUUUUUUGGCCUCUCUUUCAUAAUUAGAAAGAGAACAUAAGUUACUACAUGAUGGAAUAUCCAAUCAAACCUUCAACUCUUUCAACAUUAUCAUCACGCCUGAAUUUUAAAUGUUGGAGAGAUGUCAGUUGACUUCUGAAACCCAUUUAUAAUGUGAAUUAGAAGAUCGCAUAUUGAAUUGAAUGUAACGAAAAAAAGAUGCAAUGUGGACAGAUUGGCAAGGAAUAGGGUGUCAGCUUCCGCGUUGGACAAAGUCAACGCUGAUGGGGCUGCCAAGAGGAAUCCUGAAAUGACUUGGUUGUGGCGAAAUCCUAGGUGGUAAUAAUGGGUGGGGAAUAAGAAAAACGCAUAGGGGGCAUCGGAAAUUUUGACUAGGUGUUUGACAAGGACCUCGCAUGGUUAGGAGAAAUUAGCUCUAUCUUCCACUAUAUUCCAAGGCGUGGACGAACAACUUCUGGUGUGGAAUUCAAGCUUACUUGUACAAAUGGGAAAGAUAGGUGUGCUGAGGGCCUUAAUUGGACCAGUUGGGCCACGAUUAAUUUGAUAUCAAAUCCAAUCUGAUUUCGUUUUUUUUGGGUAAAUAAUCCAAUCUGAUCU